CCUGACAACCCUAAAAGCUUGAAAAAAGACUGCUGACAAAAACAAUAAAAUAAUGGAUGCAACUUCAAUUGUGGGCGAUGUGGAUAAAACCCAGAUACCGCCGCUGAAUCAGAAGCGCAUCCUGGCCUUUGUCAAUCACUUUCUCGUCAGCACUUGCACCUUUCUGAAUGAGUUCGCCCUGGGCUGUGAGACAAAGUUUGUGGAGAUGGAGCGGCAAUUGCAAAAGACCGAGGCGGCUCUUAUCAUCCUGGAGGCUAAGCUGGCUUCCAUACCCACCGAGCACCAUGUGGCUGAAGAGGCACCCAGCACCCCAACGCCAUCCAAGGAAACCAACCCGCCUGAAGUUCCCAUUGUGGAUACUGAGCUUCCAGCCGAGGAGAAACAACCUGAAGAACUGCAAGCCCCAUCUGAAUUUAUAGGAGUGCGAGCUUGCGAGGAUCUGCGCUACAGGAAGUUUUUCAAAAUGGUUCAAGUUGGAGUCCCUCCGCCGGCCGUCAAGCAGAAAAUGCAAUCCGAAGGCCUGGAGCCUCGUCUGCUGGACACUCCCGAUUUAAUCCUGGCCGAUGGGCAGCGUGAGUGAGUGAGUCUUGAAGAAGCCAAGCCAACAAGCCCAACUUGUGAUAUAGCACUACUAGUUGCUACACUCUUCAAUUAAACAUUUUUGGUAAAGCUUUACGUCUACAA